UCUACCGGUUCUAAAAGGCGUACUCAUUGACGAAGGCUACUCCUUGUUCGCUUAACCUGUACCGUACGCUUAGGCUGGCAUUGCCGGGGCCCAAUGAGUUUCAACGGUAUGUGGAUCCUGUGCACCCUGGUACUGUUCGCACAACUCUCCAGAGCACUAGGCGCUUUUGGUGACGAUAUUUCGCAAGAUAAUGAGGACAACAGAUUCGCAGUUAUGGGCCAGGUAACAAAGGAUAUAUUCGAUGUACAGAGUGGAAACGUCACCCUGCAACUCAAUGUUCAAGACACAACAGGCACGAUGGAGUUUUGGCUUCUUGACUUCCAAGAAUAUAGAUUUAAUCUUGACGCCUUGCCUGUUGAUGAGGUCACAGGUAAUUUGUUGAAGGACAGAACCUCUGCAUGCUCCAAUGUGUACGAAGAUGCAGACUGGGAUACUUUCUUCAACGACAGUUACAUCCAGGACAAAGGGGACAGCAGUCUAACGUCGAAGAAUCUUUUUACAACAAUUAAAAGGGGAGAUAUUGACACUGAUGGCAUCAUGCGAAAUGACAAAAUCAUCUUCCAAGGAGAUAUGGCAACAUUCGCAAACUGCAAGGACUCCAAUGACGAGGAAUACGUCUGGGAGAUGACUGCUAUCACCAGCGACGAAAUUGAAUACAGGACAAAGUUAUAUGCCACCAACAUUAGACCAAAAGAUCCCGAGGAUCCGACAGGAGGGGUGUCGUUUGUACAGUCACACAUUGAAUUGAUCUGGAGAAUAUCCAGAUCAGUCUUGGCCAAGUUCUUAAUCAGUUCCACUGCCCUGAUAAAACCGGUACUGGAGUUUGCUAGAGUGUCGGCUGUUUAUGACGAACAGAACAGAGUUGUACCAACCCAGUCAGCACUCCAUAUCAGGUUUCGGACUAUUGUCGAUGCAAAUGAUCAGAUGGUCAAUUAUGAGAACAACAGCAUUACAUAUUUACCAGAAAAUGUCAACCAUGCUCUGAAUACGAUUGUCUACCAACCAGUGGGCAUACUAGAUGAGGCACCAGCUUGUGAUUUUGUAUUAGAUGAAGGAACUCGAACACAGAUGCAGUGUCAACAGGCUUGGGAGUUUAAGAUGAUACUUGAUAUAGACACAUCCACCCAAGUGGACAAUCGAGUGCCAAUUGAUGCUAGUGGAACAUUUGAAUUUCUUUACAUGGCUUACAGAUGUGGCCUGGAGAACAACACUCUGAAUGUUUCAUCUUGUAUUGCAAUGAGUGUUGACCCAGCCAAGAUCUCGGCAUUGAUCACUAUUCAGACAACAGUCUUUGUACAAGAUGAAGAAGAAGACCAAGUCAUAAUCAUACUCCAUUCACUGACAGGUGCAAGCAAUGAAGACCUCAGCUAUGGCACGGGAUCCAGGGGAGUAGCUCACAAAGAGUAUGUUGACCUGCGAGUUAAAUUCUCCCCUGCUUUCCUCCGCAAAGACUAUGACCUCUUUCUGCUACUCUUCAUGGUAUGCAAAGGGCAGGAAUAUGCCAGUCACCAGUAUUUACAGGGUUGUCUGCAAGCACCUUCUGAAGACCGCUACGUUGCACACUAUGAUGCUACUUUCAACUUCAUUCCUCGCAUCACAGACGAUAAUGGAACAGUGGUGAUUCUGAACGCUUACAAUACUACUCAUGUGGAAAAUGAUGUUCAACAACCUCUCCACAUUCAAGAAUAUUUACGUGAAGAGUCGGGAGAGACUUUGGCAAUUCCUGUACACCGUUCUACCUUCUACAACCUGGCGCUGUCAGCUGAGUCCGAUGUCUACACGAUUACUGUGGUCUACCGACUCAUCGAUACUCAAGGAAGAAAACGACGAGCAGCCUUGCCACACAUGCAAGAUAUCAUCUUGGCAAAAAGUGUGGUAGGCAGAGCAGGAGUAGGCAGAACAACGGGUACAAUCAUCACUCGCCAUGCCCGCGAUGUUGUAGACAGUGUACAGGCUUCUCACUCUAACAGAAUCCCAUUCUUGUCUCUUGGAUGUCCUGAGGAAGCGACACAUGUACAGGAAGAGUUGGACUGCAAGUGCCCAGCAGGAAUGGUGUACAGCUCAAACUCCUUCAACUGUGAGGCAUUGUCGCUCAAUGAAGAUGUCAAGGAAGUGAAAGAAGAUGAUCAGGUCAAUGACCUUAAAGAAACAGCACAUGCUCAAUGCAUUGCCUGCCCUAUUUCACUCAUUUUGCUGGCAAAUUCAUUGCUAUUCCUGUUGUUGAAAGAUUAUUAGUCAAGCAGACAAUGUAAGAAAGCAGUUUUCAAAAUGUGCACAAUAAUAUAAUUUGCAAAGGAAUUCUACCUUGAUCAGCAACUUUAAUUGAACACCAUUGCAAUAAUGCACAAGACACUGGACAUUGGAAUCGGCUAGGCAUAGUGAUUAAGUUGUAUAUACACAUACAUUUAAAAUCAAAUUGACCUUUUCUUGAACAUAAAUUCAACAUAAAUUGUCUUCAACAGAUUGCAACCUUACAUGCUGCUGAAUUAUUUGCUGAAGUUUACUACCAUUAUGAAAUACAUUCAUUUACAAAAGGUAAAUAGACAAUUUAAAGUCAUUUUCAAGAUUGUUUGGUAACUUUUCACUUAAAUCCCAAGAACUUGGUCAUAUAAUGACCUUUGUGUUUCAGUGUUUGUAAUUACCUUCCAUAUUACUGUCAUGCAAUGACUAGAGCAAUAUCGCAAUAUUUCACUGCCACAAAAUUGAAUUAAAAUUUGAAUUUUAUAUUGAGUGCCCACCCAUAUCCUUCCAUCACUGAUGUGCAGCAUUUUUCAGAGGCUGUACUUUAAAUGUUCCAAUCAAAUGUUGAAAGCAUUUUAGCAGGAUUCAUUUAUAAAGAUUGCUAUAUAAAUUAACAUUUAACAGUCUGUGUGUUGCUCCUUAAAGAUGUAUAUAAAUUGAAAUUACUUGAUAAAGUGAUAAAUUUCAGUUCUUGUUUAAUGUUAAAAGUUAUGUCAAAAAUAACCAAAAAAUAACCGUUCAUGUAACUUGUGAAAUUGACUUUUCUAGUUCAUGUGCACUGUAACACCAAAUCAAAUUAGACUGUUUUACUGUCAUGGCACUUACUGAAAGUACUCGGUUUCACCUUAUUUAAUGUUUGGAUAUUAAAAUAUCAUACAUUGGCUUAAAUUCAUUGCUUUA